AUGUUGCGCGGGGACAACCCAGCCACCGGCGACUUCGUGGGUCUCCUACAAACCCUGCACAAGAAGGAGGUGGGCACGCGGGGAUCUAUCAAGGACUUGCGUCAUGCGCUCGACAUUCUGCUUUUCACGCAUGCAGCAACAACGCUUGUGGAAGUAGAUAGCACCAAUGCGGCUGCGUUUGUCGUUCGCGAAUAUGCUUCUUUGGCGUAUUACCUCCGGCAGCACAGUUCAUUACAACAAGUUGCCGACGGCAUCGACGCCAUCAUCGAUCAUCACGUCCAAGGCCCCGACCCACCCGAUGACGACAUGCUGUCCAUUCUUCGAGUACUUCUGGCGCUGUCCGGUGGAACGUCCGGGCGAUCGUAUGCCGACACCAACCUCGGCCCUCGUACGCUGCAGUUGGCUCGACAGCACCACCCAUUCCAAGCUUACAACCGUCGGAUGGGCGAAACAAUCGUGCAAUCGAACGUGAACUUGGCCAACGACCCCCACUCGUUGUUCCGCAUGGGCCAUACGGUGUCCAGUUGUGAUGCAAAGGACAUGCUCGACGCGAUGCAGGCCAUGCCUGGGCACAGCGCGUUUCAAAGUGAUUUCUGGCACGAUAAGGCCACCCCGAAACCAGCCGACCUCUUUGGCGCCUUGCAGCACAGUGCCUUUGACCGCACAGACUCGCAGCUUGUUCGCUUUGACCUUCGUUUGAGUGUCCCGGCCCUCGACGAGACCCCGCCCGACCUCAUCUCGAACGCCCUCACCAGCGCAAAAAUCAAACACUUGCCUCGCCGCCGGCAACGAGUGGUCGACAUAUCAUCGACACGAUGCAGCAGCAGCAGCGCUGGCCUGCUUCGACCACCGCCGUUGGAUACGACACGGGGCGGCAAUUGUUUGCUGUUUUCCGCCCACAAAUCCACAAUCGACGUCGACUUGGGACCGUCAAUCCAGGAUCAGCCAAAGCCAUCUAAUCAAUCCACCUCGCUGAACCACCCCCACAAACAACAUGCGCUGCUCCAAGUAUGGGAAAACCUCGGGCCGAACAAGGUGCAACUGGGCCGUCGACUCAUGCUCGGGAGUCCCACGGUCGUCGCAUCCAAUCGCAUCGCCGAGGCCACGCUAGUUGCGUGCCUUCUGGACGUCUUGAACGGUAUCGACUCGGCCGUGUUUCCAAGCCGCGGAUUGUUUGAGUGUUGUUAUGAUAAAGAGAUUCAAGUUGCCACAAAUUCUCGCAUCGACGUCUCGGACCUGCUCGAUGAGUUUGCACGAACGGGCACAUUCAUGCGGCGGUUAUCAGCGUUGGCUCGUGAUUGUGGCCACCACGACAUGCAUGGAGGCCGCCGGGUGUUGCAAUGCUUGGGAACGACCCUCCAGUACUUUAUCGCAGGCCAUCACGCGUUUGUGUUGGAGCUAAAACACAACAACAAGAGUCUGGUCCAAUUGUGGGCUGCCACGAGUACGUUGCGGCGCCGGUUGCGCCACGUCGCAGCGUUGUUCCUGUGCGAUGACGAUACAUUGUGGCAACAUCAGCAGGUGGAGAUCACGUUGCCCACGGGCGUGGCCCUCUUGAAUCGGAUCUACCACGGGAUUGUGCAAACUCAAUUUUGCGACCCGUCGACGGCGGCGCUGUCCAUGUGGUUUUUCACGCACGUGUCCGUGCCGUACUUUGAAGCGCUGACCCACUGGGUGUUUGUUGGCAAAAGUGCCUUGGACGAUGCAUACCUCGAGUUUGCUCAAGACCAGUCGUUUGAAUGCUUGGAGUGCCUCCAGCACAAAGAUGACGACACCCUCAACCUUGCGAUUGCAGAAACCAGGUCGUUGCUGCAGGUGACUCGCGCCGUGCAUUCGCAAGUGUACUACCUCACGUCGUCCAAGUGGCAUCCGCUUCAACUAGUCACCGACCACGACGCCCUUCACCACUACCUGGCCCAACAUGCGGUGAAUUUGGCCACGACUCGGUCGGCCGUCCAAGCCUACAGCGACGCGCAAAUGCAAGCUGUGGCCGAUUCCGUUUACGCGCUGAAUCAUACGCUGUCGACGACUCACUCGCACGGAAACACAUUUGCACACCACGAUAUGCGAGCCCACGACGAAGGCCAACGCCAAGUGAAACGCUUGAAACAGCAAGUGCAGCGAAAGCUCCUGGACGAACAAGUGGCUCACAACCGUGACUUGGCGCUGCGCCUCCAAGCUCAAGGGCAGCUCGACCACGCACUUCAACAGACCCAGUUGGUAGCCGCACAGGAAAAAGCCGACCAAGACAAUCGGCGACGACUGGUAGAGAUUUAUGCAGACCUCAUGGCCAAAGCAGAUCGAAAGCACCGACGGGCACUGUGGCGUCAAGCGCGCGUGCGACGAAAGGAGCAUUUCAAAGCGGCCUUGACCAAGCUGUAUCGGCUCGAGUCUUCGGCUUGGUAUGCAGGCGUGGGAAUGGACGUGCCCGGCAACCACCCAGAAGCGGAUCCGAUGGCGACUCGAAUAUCACAAACCUAUCCAUCAUUGAUCGGGACCAGCACUAGCCACAACCCACUUGACAACCCCAAGACGCCAUAUAUUAAAAAAAGCCCCCGAGGUGACUCUCUGAAACCACCCACCAACGCACUGAACAACGACGACACCGUUGGAAUGCCAAGCUCGGUGCGGGUGCUCAAAGCCCCUGGUGGGGGUGGCCAAGACGCGUCAAAUGUCAUCUACCACGGCGACCAAGAAAAACCAGUCGAUUUGCCAACGACGAGGGUCACACAAGAAGCUGGGGGGAGUGGCACCGCGGCUAGCGACGCCAUCUACCACGCCAAUUUGGAGAGGCCUGUGGACGUUCCCCACGUUCGGAUUCUGCAGGCUCCGGGGGGGACGAGCAAACAUGCUGCGGGACAUGUCAUCUACCCCCGCGACGACCAAAUCGAGCGCGAUCUAGCCGUCCACGGGUCGUCCGUGCGCGUAUUGCAAGAGCCUGGGGGCAGUGGCAGGGCCGCAUCAGCUUUGCUGUAUCCGGAUGAAGAACCAUCCAACCUCGUCACACAUGUGAACCACGUUCGGAUUCUGCAAGAUUCAGGCGGAGACGGAAACGUCGCCAAUGACUUGAUUUACGGGCGAAACGAUGCAGAGUAUGCGUCCCCGCGCGCAUCCGUCCGUGUAUCGCAAGCCCCAGGCGGCAACGGCGACGAGCUUAGUGACACGUUGUACGCCCAAUUCUCGACGAUGGCCGUGCAAGAUCGUCCUAGCGUCAAAGUGCUAGGUCCGUCCGGCGGCGGGCACGACAGCGUGUCGAGUCUGGUGUUUGGCGGUCUGACCGAGGCGGUGCCGCCGCCAAAGAGGCAAGAUCUCGUGUAUCCAACGUCCAACAUCACGAUGGAAUGGGCAGCGGCCCCGACAUCACGACUUACGCCGCCCCGUCAAGUGUUGGCGCACGAGACGUUUGCCACCGCAACUCUCACGGGCGACUACGCGCGUGUGCUGGAGACGUAUCGAGCGUUGAUGGAUCAGGACGUUGAUCCGGUGGAAUACGCGCCCAUUGAAAGCCUAAUUCGAUGCAGCCUCGUGGAACCUAUCCUGAACCAACGCUCGUUUGUGGGGUCGGUGGCAUUGACUGUGUUUCGGGACCACGUGCACUUGAUGCAGCACUUGCAAACCCUGCACGACAUCAUGCUCUUGUCCGGGGGAUUGUGGGUCGAGCAGUUCAUGCACGAAUUCAUCCAGGGGCUGGACGCGUCCAGUCGUGUCAACUGGGGCGUGCCUGGCGCGUUGAACGAUUUGCUGGCACAUGCGCUGGAAGAAGCCCAGUACGACGUGACCCGCGACUCGACGAUGCUGUUUGCGUUUCGUCCCACCGACGAGCUGGAAACAUUGCUUGGCGCUACCACGAUCGUGCCAUCGCUCGGCCAAGUGCUUGAAGGAAUUGAACCCGUGUAUGCGCUGCCGACUGUGCUGACGGACGUGGUCGUGCCAGUGUCCACAUUGCACUUGUAUGUGACAUUGCACAAACACUUGUUCCAGCUCAAAGCCAUCGCAGUGUCCAUGCAAAGCGUCCGGCGCGUUCUCCGUACGCACCACACCAUCGUCGCACGGUCAGGCCAUUUGAUGCUGCACGUCAUGCAUCAUUUGUGUGCCACGCUUGUGGCGCAUUGCUUUCAGUCGAUCGCAGAGGAAUGGCAUCGGUUCCAGCUACUUGCAGAGUCUUGUCGGGACGCUGUCGCAUUCAAGCGUCUUCACGACGGCUACGUUCACGCUGUGGCCACUCGGUGCUUUCUCGACAGCGCUUCUGUUGCGGUGCACGCAAAGAUCCAAGCAUGUUUGAGCCGAGUGAUGCUGGUCGUGGAGGUCGUGCAGAACAAUGGCACAAGGGCUGUGGCGUUGAAGCGGGCGUUGGGCCACUUGGCGGACACCGCGCAAGGUGUCGACGACGGCACGUUGCGGGCACUCUGCGACGAAUUACGGCGAUCCUCGGCUCCAGCGGCCCAGGAAUUGCUCCUUCGACUGGAUUUCGGCACGAGGGAGACAGUGUCGUGA